ACACAGGAAAAAGGUGGCACCGUUCUUCCAUAGCCUCAAGCCUCGCUGGUCGGUGCCAUGGCAGACAGAACCACCAAAGGUAAUAAUAUUGUGAUCCCUGAGAAUGCCCCUGAUAUUCGCACUGAAGCCUUGAGCCCAUGCGUAUCAACUAGAUCUGCCCAGGGGCUCGAUUCAAACUUUUCAUUGGGCACUCGGGGCAUGUUGAUCUUUGUCAUUCUUGCUGUCUUAACUUUAAUGGCGGCGCUUGACGGUACAUCCAUAUCUGUCGCUCUGCCGAUUAUUUCCAAAGAUCUAAAUGGAACCGCGAUUGAAGCAUUCUGGAGUGGAACUUCAUUUCUUCUCUCCUCGGCAGUAUUCCAACCUAGCUUUGCAUCAUUUUCCAAUAUAUUUGGCCGGCGUCCCAUCAUCUUGGUUGCAAUUGCCCUUUUCCUGGCAGGUGCAAUCAUAUCAGGCGUAUGUGAUGACUUUACCCUCCUUUUGGUCGGUCGUUCCAUUCAAGGUGUUGGAGGUGGAGGUAUUAUCGCCUUGACUGAAGUCGUGGUGACUGAUAUCGUACCUCUGAGGCACCGCGGCCAGUAUUUUGGUGUCUUUAGCGGUAUGUGGGCCGUUGGCUCCGUUACUGGACCCAUCCUGGGCGGCGCUUUCUCUCAAAACGUUACGUGGCGCUGGAUCUUCUACAUCAAUUUUCCUUUUAUCGGAGUCGGCGUAGUGCUGAUAUUGGCCUUCAUGAAGCUGAACCUGGCCCCAUCUUCGCUGACAGAAAAGCUCCGCCGGGUGGACUAUAUCGGUACAAUCCUGUUUGUUGCCGGUAUGGCCUCGUUUUUGAUUCCUCUUACCUGGGGUGGAGUGUCUUAUCCGUGGAGCUCGUGGCACACUCUUGUGCCGCUUGUUAUUGGCUUUGUCGGAACCUGCUUCUUCGGCUACUACGAAUAUCGCUUUGCUGAGGAUCCAGUGAUUCCUCCAUCGAUCUUUAAAAAUCGAACGGCGACUGUUUCUUUCAUUGGGAGCACUCUUCAAGGCCUCGUUCUCUGGUGCACCUUAUAUUACCUGCCGCUUUACUAUGAGGCGGUCAAGGGUUACAGCCCGAUUCUGUCCGGUGUCGCUCUUUUCCCGGAGACAUUUACCGUUGCACCCAGCGCUAUGGCGGUAGGAAUCAUAUCUUCCAAAACUGGGAGUUACCGCUGGGCAAUUUGGGUGGGAUGGACAUUGGCUACUGUUGGCUGUGGUAUCCUUUGCUUGAUCAAGGUGACAACUAGCGUGCCCGGAUGGAUAUUCCUCAAUUUGGUGACAGGAAUCGGGCUAGGGUUCUUGUUCCCGUCUUUGGGUUUCGCCGUGCAAGCGUCUGCCACAAACGAAAAUCUAGCUGUUGCAGUGGCAAUGUUUAGUUUCUUUCGUGCCCUUGGCCAGGCCCUUGGUGUUGCUAUUGGCGGUGCCGUAUUCCAGAACCGCAUGUACCAAAACCUGCUGAAGGACCCCGAGUUCACUUCGUUGGCUGGCGAAUAUAGUGCUGACUCAUCUGGACUUGUACAAAUUAUCAAGAGGAUGCCGAUUGGAAUGCAGAAACUGCAUUUGCAGGAAGCGUACACGGACAGUUUGAGGAUUGUGUGGGCAGUCUGCUGUGGCGUUUCCGCAGUCGGGCUUCUGCUCAGUCUCUUCACAAAAGCCUACGACUUAAAUCAGGCUUUGGUUGCCACUCAGGGUCUUCAAUCCGAGAAGACUCCAGUGCUUGACGACGAGCACAAUCAGCGAGAUAUGGUGGACUGAUAGGGAAUGCGCAGCAUACUAGGUGUGAAACCGCUUCCCAAAAUUUUAUUUUUUAUUUUUUAAAGAUCGAAAACCCCCCAGCUUGUGGACACUGACUGACAAAAUAUUGAAACUUACUUGGCAAAUGUUCGGGCUUUACAUCGCAUGGUGAUUCCCCUGGGCAGAAUGAUGAGGCCGGUGGCAGUCAUCACUAUUUUCCUUGCUUCUUGCUUCCUGUUAUCUUAGACAAUUCAACAGUACUCGUUUCCCUUGAUUUCUGAUUAGUGUGCUACCUACAGUCCAUUGGUUUGCUCUUUCGAACCCAGAGACUGACUAUCUGUGA